AUGUCUACCGAAGCUCCCGCCACGGCGAAUGAUGACUACCAGUCACUAUGGGCGAACAAAUAUCGCGGGGCAACGGUAGAAGAUCUUGAACCUCCUCCCGCGCUAUCAUGUCGACCGACCGACCCUGUCUCGCACGCCCUAAUGUCUGGGCUUGAACGCGACUAUACACAUCUCACGGUGACGUCUGAAAAUCGCGCGCUGCUCGGGUAUAUCAGCAUUCCCCGCCUUCAGCAGCUUCUCAAGGAAGGGAAGGUGAAGGAUAGCGAUCCGGUGGAGGCAGCGAUGCAAAAGUUUCGGAGGCGCGGUACACGGUACAAGGUUAUCACGUUGGAGACGCCAUUGGAGGAACUGGAGGCGUUCUUCAAUGGUGGUGUGGAUGGGUUGGGAAGGCAGGAGUUUGCUGUUGUAACCGACGGGUCGAGAAAGUUCGUGCUAGGUGUAGCGACGAAGGAGGAUUUGGAGAGUUUCGUCAAGAGAAGAGCUUGA